AUGAACGAAUUCCACGAUUCCGGUGAAUUGUACACCAUCAGAAACCAGUUUUAUACAAACCAGCACCACAAGGUUGCUUCUUACUCGUUGGAUCUGUUUUCGCCAGAAAACCAGCUAAAGGUUUUGGAAUUCCAGGUCAGAUCGUUGGUGGCUUUAGCAAAGGAUGCAUCGCAGUUGAUAGAAGAAGGCAGACUGCUUUUCCCCGAUAAUGAUGACUUGUUUGACGUUUUACAGGCAUGGAACGAUUUGAUGACGUUUGGAACCGAUGAUUCCACCUACUUUGAAGAUAUCGAGGUGGCCAACUUCGAAUUACAGGCUGUAUUAACCGCCUUGUACACGGUGAAGUUCCAGAAGGACAUCGACGCCGCCAUCAACUUGUUGGUCUCUUACACCAACAGCAGCAACAACAACCUCCACGAGUUGGAGCCAUACUUGAUUUUGGUGCAGUUGUACUUGAUCAAGGAGAACUUCUCGGAGGCCAACAAGAUCUAUCAGAGCUUCCGCAAGUUCCCUGACUCUGCCAGAGACAGCAUCAUUUACCAAGUGUUGGAGAGCUGGAUCCUUUCCAUCAAGGGUGAGUCCGACAACAUCAGUAACGCAUACUACUUUUACGACGAGUUAUUGUCUUCGGACUUCGAGGACGAUCCUCAAGGCAAGUUCCGCAUCUUGAACGUGUUGUUUGCGUUGACAUUGCAGUUGAACCAUUUCCCCGAGGCCAAGGAGUUAUUGAACCAAAUCACGGCGUUGGGCUACCUGGGAAACGGCAAUGCAGACUUGCUUGCUAACCAAAUUACCUUCGAUUACCUCACCAACGGCGGAGCCAACGUGGGCUCAUUAUUGAAGCAAUUGUACGCUACAGAACCAGACCACCAGUUGCUAGUGGAUUUGAAGGACAAGAACGAUAAGUUCAACGAUAUAGUGGCCAAGUACCAACUGGCAUAA